CCCCUCACACACAUACACACACAGCCUCACAGCGCGCGAGAGAGACAGAGACAGAGAGCGCGUAUGUGUGUGCGCUCGCGGUAAACGGGCCGCGGCUUCGCUCGGACAUCACACGCGCGCGCAGAAAGAGGAGCGGCGCGUGGAUGUUAGCGUUUCCCUCCAGAGCAGCUCUCCCAGUGGCUCGUGAGUGUUGGGCAGCAUGAGACUCCUUGUGCUGCCGUGAUCAGAGCCAGACGAGAGAUGACCCACUCAGGCCUCUUCCUCUUCCUCCUCUGUGCGCUGCCGUGCGCCCUGACCGCCACGGACAAGAGUGUGGUCAGCAAAGAGGAAUAUUACAGUGCCACAGUGAACGCCACAGUGCUGGAUAGCAGGGGCAACCCAAAGCGGCUGAUAUCCAAAGACGACGGCCGGUACGGGCAGAACUCGCCCAAAGCCGAGGCCAAAGGGAUCGUGGUGGCGCCUGUAGCCGUCAACGGGGUGGUGGACAUGCAGGGGUGUUGUCCAUACACCCGUUUUAUGGUUCCCCCAAAGACCACGCACUGGGUGGCCCUACUGCAGAGGGGGAAAUGCACGUUUAAGGAGAAGAUCCUGAAGGCUGCGGCUUUCAACGCCUCCGCUGUGCUAAUCUACAACAACAGCUCCAAAGAGGACACAGUCACCAUGGCCCAUGAAGGAACCGGAGACACAGUAGCCGUGAUGAUCACAGAGUCGUUUGGGAAGGAGAUCCUGUCUAUGCUGGAGCGGAAUGAGACGGUGUUGGUGUCGGUGAUGGUGGGUCAGCGCGGUCCGGCCAAGAACAUCAACCGCGGAUCCCUGGUGUUCGUCUCCAUCUCCUUCAUCGUCCUGAUGAUCAUCUCCUCCGCAUGGCUGAUCUUCUACUUCAUCCAGAAGAUCAGAGACACCAGCGCCCGGGACCGCAGCCAGCGACGACUUGGGGAUGCUGCCAAGAAGGCCAUCAGUAAGCUGACCACCCGGACAGUAAAGAGAGGGGACAAGGAAACGGACCCUGAUUUCAAUCACUGUGCCGUGUGCAUAGAAGGCUACCAGCUAAACGAUGUGGUCCGCAUUCUACCAUGCAAGCAUGUCUUCCAUAAGAUGUGUGUGGACCCCUGGCUGAAUGAACACUGCACCUGCCCAAUGUGCAAACUCAACAUCCUCAAAGCUCUGGGCAUCAUGCCCAAUCUGCCAUGUGUGGAUAACGUGGCGUUUGAUAUGGAGCGUGUGUCGCGCAGUCAGAGCUCCAGUCAGCGGGGGGCGCUGGUGGACUUGUCGGAGAGCGUCAGUCUGGAGCCACUGCGGCUCUCCAGCUCCACCCAACUGCCCUCCGACUCUGAACUGACCACCCGCACCGACAUCAACAUCGCAGUGACCAGUAGCCAUUUCUUCAGCCGGAGCUCCGGCUCCCCCCGCAGCAUGGUGUGUGAGAUGGAGCUUCCUGAUAUCCAGGCUUCUCUGGACAUGUAUGACGAGAACAAGUCAUGAGGACACGCUUCCUUAUGACCUUUUUGCCCCCCUGUGCCCCUCCUAAGUCCCAGCCUGAGGGGGCAAAUACUUUCCUACUGUAAACAGAAGUUUGGACAAUAACAACAAUGACAAUGGCGACUGAUUUUAUUGCUGGAGAAUGUACUUCUGACCAGAGGGUUUGGGCUGGACACGAAAACCCUCCUUAUACUUCCAGACCUUUUUUCUUUCUUUCUUUGACAUUCUCAGACUCUCUUUUUAGAGAGUUUGUUUGUUUCUUUGCUCUUUUUGAUUCCAAUGCUGUUGUCUGUCUGACUGAACCUGUUCCAUGUACGUUCUCUGCUGAUUGUUUUUAAUGUCUGAUUGCGUAUUUGGCUGUGACGGACAGUCUGGACUGGUGGACGGAUACAUGAGCCGCUUUCGUAGCUAAAAGCUUCUGAACUCUUCCUCCAUGUGAGCUAAAUGCAGCUUACUGUCCUUAGUGCUGACCAAUUAGCACUCAAAAUGAAACUUCUAAUGACAAAUCAGCAUUUCUUCCCUUGUAGAACAAAAAAGUAUUUCUCUGUACAUAGAAAAAGCGUUUUAAACCUGUAUCUAAUGACAAGCCUGGAAUACCUACACAGAGUACUACUCAGUCCCUUAUAAGGGGACCUAAUAUAUACACUAAAUGUCCAAAAGUGUUCAGACAACCCUGAUAAUUACUGCAUUCUGGUACUUUAAGGGGCAACCAUUGGUAACAGCAAUGUAAUCUAUAUAGAAAAGCAUUGGCCAUAGAGUAGGAUGUUCUGGAGAGGUCACAUACAAACCUGUAGUCACCAUAAGCAAUGGCAAGUGUCUAGAGAGGUGUGAAGUUGGAGCCCUGUUAAAGACCUUUGGGAUGAGUUUGAGCUCUGUUAAAGACCUUUGGGAUGGGUUGGAGCCAUGUUAAAGACCUUUGGGAUGAGUUUGAGCGCUGUUGAAGACCUUUGGGAUGAGUUAAGUGAUGAAACUCCAUUGAACUCUUUUGAGGUUAGUUGGAGAGAUUAAGCUCCACUGAACACCUUUGGGAUGAGUAGGAGGGAUGAAGCUACAUUUGAGAGGUUUGGGAUAAGUUGGAGCUCCACUGACCACCAUUGGGAUCAGUAGGAGUAAUGUGAAGCUCCAUUUGAGAGGUUUGGGAUAAGUUAGAGCUCCACUGACCACCUUUGGGAUGAAUUGGAGUGACGAAGCUCCAUUGAAGAUGUUUGAGGAAAGUCAGAGUGAUGGAAAUCCGUUCAAGAUCUUUGGGAUGAGUUGAAGUGGUACUGUCCCAAGAACUUUUAUGGAGCUCCACUGAAG